AUGUCAAGCGAAGACUUGCAGUGGCUGGAAAGUUACCUGCGCCAUGGAUACGACCCAGAAGCCCAAGGCGUCGAUGAUCAUGCGGCAUUUUAUCAGUCGAAUCCAUACUUUGCUGUGCCCCCUUCCUCGUCUUACACAGCUGCCCGCAAUGGCUCUGCCGGGUCUCAUGGAUAUCAGUAUUCAAACGAGAGGGAUGUGAGGCCUGGCUCAUUUCCAGAAAACCAACAUCACCCUCCCAAUCCUCGGUCUCGCCAAACGCAGUAUACCCAAGCUUCUACUAUGGCACCACCCCCAGGCUCGCAUACUGAAAGCUCGUCCCGUUUCGCUGCUCCUUUUGGUCCGAAGUCGCUGCCCUCCAAAUCACCGAGGCCCCCUCCUUCGCAGGAAUAUAAACGUGCGCAUCAGUUGCCGAAGCCGGUGCAGACACACAGGACUGGCCCUCCAGCAGGGUAUAAGCCGCCCCCUCCUCGAAUGUCUCAACCGGCGCCUCAGUCCUAUCCAGCGCCCCCUCCAGGGUACCAGCCGGCUUCAGAUUCAGCGCCACAUUCAACCCCUCAAGCACCGUCAAGUCCGACCCCGCCUCAGAUGUCAGGCUCUGUACCCUCGAGUAUACCCCCUGCCCAGUCGUCUAGUACCGUAUUCACAAGCCAGCCUCAUGUCCAGCCCUCGAAUGCUGUCAUUUCGGCCCUGCUACUGCAGACAUCGAAUACGGCCCCACCAUUACUGCCACCUACACCAGCGCAAGCUCCCAAUUCACAUCCUUCACCUAUGCCACCGACGCAAUUCACUACACAUCCUUCAUAUUCACCUAUGACAGCCCCUCAACCAAGUUCGCACGUCACCCCAACAACCUCAGCUGAGACAUCCAACUCGGCUCCUCCAGUGACCGUCCCGACUACCCAGCCGUCGACUUCAGCGCCUCCGCCCAAUCCACCUGCGCAGAUGACGGAUACAACCUUGCAAGCUACAAUGCAGCAAACAAAUACUGCUGGGAAUGGUAGUGAGCCUGGUCCUGAUGCAAAGAGACGUCGGAUAGCGCCCCCAUCCACCUCUAAUCGGUCAUCCGGGCGACCCUUAUUGCCCAGCUACGCAACAGCGCCUGCUGAGGAUCGUCCGGCUGCAGGGCUCUCUAUCUACAAUUAUUCACCACAAACAGGAGGCACCGGCUCCCCUGCACCCAAAAGCCAUUUGAGAUCGCGUGCCGACAUUGUUAAGCCGCUACGUGAGGAGGAUGCCGUGGAUAAGGUGAUCUAUGACCCGAAGACGAUCGCCAGAGAUGUUCUCAUUGCAGCCGGCCGCCACCCAACAGAGGAGACACUGAACCAUCACCUUCUUCGUUUGCGCGAUGUUUUCGUUCAUGUGGACACUUCAUCGGACCUGUCGACCUUUCGCUGGGAUCUAGUCGACGCGCUGGAGCCACGUGACCCAGAACCGCCAAAGUCGCAGCCGCGGCCGCGGCCGCGUCCCGCGCCUUCACUGCCUGUCCCUCCGAGCACCACCAACACCACUCUUCCCCCUCCACCACAAGCCCGGCAACCGCCACCUCUUCCCCAGUCACAGCCGGCACGACAAUAUCCGUCUUUGCAGCCCCUGCAGGGUCAGCCGUUGUUGGGUCAGCACCUUGCUCCUUUCAAGGCUGCCCCUCAGCCACAGAGCGGCCCAUCUGCCUCGGCAGCGCCCCCGCUACCACAACCGCGGCCGCAACAACCGUCAACCCCUCAGCCCCCGUCACAAUCAAGUGUACCUACCACAACCACGCGAGUGACACCGAUGACGGGCAAAAGAAGACCGGGUCGGCCCCCGGGCAGCACGAACAAGGCGCGGCAGCAGCCCCAGCAGCCUCCCAUGUCGUCGGCAGUUCCGUACCCGGUAUUUGCAUGUAAUUGGACGAAUUGCCAGGCGCAGCUGCACAAUCUGGAUGGACUGAAGAAACAUGUCUUCAAGGUGCACGUGUCUCAGACGCUCAAUUGCGCAUGGAAGGGGUGCACGUUCCCAGACGCUCUGCCUGCCGCAGUUUUGUUCAAACAUGUGAAGAAGGAGCAUUUGGAACCGGUCGCAUGGAAGCUCGGGGAUGGGCCCACGGUGCCUGUAACUGUGGGAAACGAUGCUAGCGGCAGUCCUGGGCGGCUCUUGGCCUUCCCAGACACCGCACAGCCCAACAGUGAAGACUCACUUAUAAUCCCUGCCAGCGGCAGUUCCAUCCGUGCCUUUAACCGAGUGCAUGGGAAUAAUACUCAACAGGAGAGGUCCCGGGAGAUCCUUAAGGCAGUCCAGCGACUGAAGGAGCACAUUGGAGUCGGACUUGACCCGGGCGGGUGUGAGCUUGCGACCCCGGCGCGGAAUGAGCGAUUGAACAAUGACGAAGAUGUCUACGAGGUGGUGCCUGCGACCUAGAAGAAC